UGGCUUAGUGUCCCCAGAGUUUUGGUGAUUGUCCAUAAUUCAGUGCAACAAAGUUCCUCGCACUUCUUUAAUUUUCACGGCCCCUCAUCUGUUUCUCAUUCUGGGUGCUCCCGUCCUCCCUCCUCCUCUCUGAGGCGCUCCAUCCAUCUCUGCGCUUUCGUUUCGUCUCCCUCUGUCUUACCAUACCGAAGACCCUCCGGUCCGCCUAUCCCUCGUUCGCGACCGUCUCUCCACUAGCUCGCCCCUCCCCUCGUUACCAAUCGUUCGUCCGGAACCCCUCGAGAUUUUUUUUUUGUCUGUGGCGCGCAAUAAAAGUAAUGCAACUGCGUAGCUGUGCCAUAGCCGUUUUGUUUACAAACUCAGGGAAAGUUUAAUAUAUUUCACCGUGUUACCUCAAGAGACUUAAAAAAAAAACAUCCCAUGCCAAGUCUUUAUUGGCCCGAAUGAGAGGGUGUGUAUCUUUUUAAGGGGGAGGAUGGACCAUGCCUAAGGAGGUGCGAAUACUACGGCGAGAGACCGCAGCUAAUUAUCUUCCAUCAGUGGUCUGACUUGACCCAACACUGAACAGCUACAGCGGUAGCAUGUGCCAGCCGGAGCGCUUAAGGGUCUAACUCCUCUGGAGUGGUGCAAGCAUGAUGCAGUGGACAGCAUGGACUCUCUGGUGCCUCCUGCUGUUUAGGGCAAAGAAUGCAGACUGUGGCCAGGGUACGCAGUGUUCACUCAGCUCGGUGGGGACGGUGUACCCGGUGCAGGGGUUUCUGGAGCGCUUUGAUGUGGGGCUGGGCUGUGCAGCCAGGGAGAGUGGCCCCAAAGAGACACACGUCAUCACUGUGGCAAGAGCAUCGCACUUCUCCAACCAGCAGGUUACUGUGCUCUUGAGGCCGUUGUCUUAUUUCAAGCCUUCAAAUCGGCUAGUUGUCUUGGUGCUGAGCUCCCAGCAUGCAGUGCGUUGGCGGUUGGAGGUUGAGGGCCUACCUCUUGGUCUCCUGGUACUGGUUCAGGCCUCUCCCAACUCCACGGUGGAGCCCCAGAGUGGGGGUGUGCAGGUGCAGCUGGUGCCGUUGCUACCCUGGCGCCCGCGGGCACUACUGCACUGGAGCCUGCAGCGGUACAGGACCAUCUCCUCCCUCACCCACUCCACUCAUGCCAACCGCGUCUACAUUCGCCUGGGAGAGGAUCACUCUUUGCCCAGGGAGUGUCACCUGCAGUCUCUUUUCCUGUCCCGCAACUACUUGACCUCUGAAGUCCAGCCUCAGGAAGUCCAAGCCUGUGUCCUGCCGUGGGCUGAGUCUGACCCGGAAGUACAUGUCAUCAAACUCUGGUCUGCAGGAUCUGGCCUCUGUGGCUCUCUGCAGGUGGAGGUGUCUGUCUCGCUACUGCCCCCAGUGGCUAACCGUGGCACGCACAAGCUGGUGCUCAUUCUGAGCAGUGCAGCCCCGGUGAACUGGGCCCUGACUGCCACUGGAAUCCGGGGACACAUAUUUGUCUACGCGUCCAACAGCGUGACCCCGCUCUACCCCCCAAGGCCUGAUCUGACCAUGACCAGCAUGCUCAGCUAUGACCUCCUCUCCACAUCAGACCUCCUGGAAUGGGCCAAUGACAAUGGCUUUCCCAAAGUGACCUCCUACACGGAGGCCGACCUGGCCAAUCGCUUUGUGAUCAGGCUAGCAGGAGGAGGGACGGACCAGGAUGUGCGAGUCCCGGUGAGGCCAUCAUGGAUGGGGGAGUCCAGGCUGAGGCAGUGGCUGACCGGAGAUGAGGCGGCUCAGGAGGCCAUCAGCGUUCAGUGUCAGGAUGGUCGACUAAGCGUGGCUGUAGACAGGCGCACCCUACAGGCGCGGUCUCUUCCUCUGUCAGCAGUGACCUUGCGUGACCCCGGCUGCCAGGCCUGGUCCAAUGGGAGCCAUUUUCUCUUGGCGUUCCCGGUUAUUUCCUGUGGGACUGAGGGCUUGCUGGAGGGGAGCUCCCCAGUUCCUCAUUAUAAAAAUACGGUGUUGCUAUGGAGAAAUAAGCUCCCAUCCCCGGCUCAGAAUGAGACAGAAUUGGAGUGGACCACAGACCAGUCUCCAGUAGCCAUACACUUCAGUUGUAAGGCUCCAGGCCCUAAUCCUGUGAGCCCCCCAGUAGUCAUCCCUCCCCCUGGGUCUAGUGAGGUGUCAGGGGGCCGGAGGGGGCCGAGCUCUCCCUUGUUCCCAGGCCAUCGGAUGGUCCCUCGGCUCACCAUGCAGCUCUUUGUGACCGAACACUACGAGAAAAGACAGAUGGGACCCUGCAUCAUCACGGCGGAGAAUCGUGUCUAUGUGCAGAUUUUAGCGGAGGGGCACUUCAGAAGAGGCGUGGAGGUUCAGUCAUGUGUCGUCUCCCCCCAGUCGAACUCCAGUGGCUCACCCAGCUGGCCUGUCAUCCUCAACGGCUGCUCGCAAGAACCCACCUUCAUCCUCACCCCCCUACGGAAGAAGAGCGAGGUCAAGGGAGAGACGCCUGAGGAAGAGGAGGGGGUUGUUGAGGGUGAAGACGAUGAUGAGGAUGAGGAUGACAAAGAGGAAGACAAAGAAGAAGAAGAGGAGGAGGAGGAGGAGGAGGAGAAGGAUGACAAAGAUAGAGGCAGAGCCCCGUCUUUCAGGCGGGAGGUGCGAGCAGGGCAGCCUUUGAGAAAUAAGAGAAGGGGCCGGACAGGUGUUAAUGAAGGGCGGGCUGAAAGAGACAGGGGAGCGGAGGAACAGAAGGAGGCGAGGCCGUCCCACCUGAGAUUCAGCUUUGUGCUGCGGCCCAUCUUCAACAACUCCAUCCACUUCCUGCACUGCAGCCUGCGACAGUGUAGCCCAGCAGCCCACAGCCAGUCGGCCUCAGCGGCAGCAGCAGCGAGGGUCUGCCAUGGAGGAGUGCCCAUCCCAGCCCUCAUCAAAGCCCAUGGAGGAGUGCCCAUCCCAGCCCUCAUCAAAGCCCAGCUCACCAGUCAAAAGUGUGAGAACAGGAAUCUGUCCAGGCCAAUGCUGGUCACCUCACCUCUGGGGCUGGCCAAACGUCUGCCUCCCCCUUCUGGCCAGAGAAAUCACAAGUCUGGUGUGAGUGACUCGGCCAAGCCAAAACCCCUGCGUACCAGUGCCACAGCAGGUCAAGAGAUUGACAAACACCGUGUGAUGGAGCCGUUGCAGCCCAGUCCUCUACAAAGUGCCUCAGGAGUGGGCACUGGUCCUGUCCUGGGGAUUGUGUUUGCUGCAUUUCUGAUGGGUAUCUGCCUGAUGGGGGCAUUAUGGUGUGUCUACUCUCGUACAGGUACCAGGGCUGAGGGGCCGCAGCGCUCAGCAGACAUGGGCAGAGGUGCCUGGAAUCAUGCAGCGCUUCUGGAGCAGUCAAACACAACUGUGUAGAGGCUGCUUCAGAAAGGGGAGGCAAACCACUUUGAGGCAUACCACUUUUGUGUUUGCACAUGUGUAUGAGUGUGUGAUGUGAAUACUGGUCAUGCUUGCCAGUGUGUGUGUGUGUGUGUGUGU